AUUUAAUUAUAUUACAUUUAUGAUAAAAUAAAACACAACAAAAAAAGGAAUUCAAUUGAAAACCAACACACACAAAAAGCAUAUUUGAGAAUUUAAAAACAAACAGUUUUUGGGCCAAACUAAAAUUAACAACAUUCCCCACGGACACAGUUUUGAGUCAUUUGAAAACCCACUUGGAUCAGGAAUUACAGACAACAGCUAAAAAACGCAGUUUGGGAUAACACAUUUUGCAUUAAAAAUCAACUAAAACCAAAAAGGAAAUUUAAUAAACAUUUGGGAUAUUUUUUUUGGGAAAACUUAAGAACACAACAAUUGUGGAAAACAGCUGUACCAGAAAGAGUAAAAACUGUUAGUUGUUGAAAGCCAAUGCGCAAGAAAUUACAUUUCAGUCAGUUAUUUCGAAUAAUCAUGUGAAAAUGACAUGUUUUUUGGGUACUCAUUGAAGUCGAUAAAAAAGAAGCAAAGGCUAAAGAGCAACAAUUUUAAUAUAAUUUCAAUCAAAACAAGAAGAAGAAAAAGAACAAAUUGAACAAAACUAAAUAAGACAGAACUAAAUAAGAAGAAAGGAACUUCAAAUGAUAAUAAAAUGCGAGCCUUGAAAAGAAACAAAUGAAGCAAACAAAAAAGCAGUAAAAUAAGCAAAAUAAUAAAAUAAAACUGAAAACCGAACAGAAAGAAACACUGCAAAAAUGUGCAACACGAGUCAAUAAACAAAAGCCAACGACAAAGAAGCGAAGAGCUAAAACUAAGUGCAAGAGCAGCACUGGAUAAUCGGUGUGCAGCCAAAAAGGACGCUGCCUAGAACUAUCCACAACAACAGCAACAAAUAUACCCAAACAGUAAGAAGAAGUAAAAGCGGAACAAGAACUACCACAAAAUGGCCAUAAAUUUCUCGGCCUCCUUUGCGGCCUGCAUAGCGGCAGGCCUGAAGGUUCCCCGCCAGAUAAUGUACUGCAUCACGCAGGACACGGGCCAGCCGUACGUUCUCUACAAGGACUCGCAGGACGCGGAACGCAAUGCCGGCGCCAUCGGCGCCAGUGCAGCCCAAUGGGGCAGCGACAUGUAUCCAAACAUCCAGCAACAGGCCCAGCAACAUCUCAGCGCCCAGCAACAGCAGCAGCAGCAGCAGCAACAACAGCAGCAGCAGCAACAGCAGCAGCAGCAACAGAACGCAACAGUCGCUGCGCAGGCAGCAGCAGCUGCGGCGGCGGCGGGCCAGCCGCAGAGUCCGCCGGGCGGCCAGGAGCCACGGGACAAUGGCAGCGGCGACGGACGCCAGCAGCAGGUGUCGCCAUCCUCCAGUCCGUAUCCUUCGGUCCAGCAGCAGCAACGAGCGAAUGGCAACGCCGAAGAUGAUGCCAUGAAUCAGCUUGCCAACCAACAGAACUCCGCGCCAAAUCCAAACCAAAGCAGCAACGAGCCGCAGCACGCGCCGGCGAACGGCGGCGAGGCUGGGCAGGGGAAUCCGCACGUGCAGCAGAAUGGCGGUGGACAGCCGCAAGGUGAUCCCAGCAAUGGCUUCCAGACGCCCGACUACUAUGCGCCGCGCCAUGGAGCGCCGCAGGGCGGCAUGCUGGCGCCACCUGGCUUUCCGCCGCUGCACUAUCUCAACAAGCUGGAGCAGAACGGGGGCGAGGCGUAUGCGCUGCCCGAGCUGCUGCCGGGACAGCAGCAACAGCAGCAGCAGCAGCAGCAACAGCAGAAUGGGGCACCACCGAACGGCGGCAACCAGAAUGGUGGCCCGGCGAAUGGCAAUGCCAAUGAGGGCGCUGCGGCGCCCAAUGGAGUAGCGGCCGGCGCUGCGGGCGCCACGGGGACGCCGGGCGGACGCACGGGACCGGGACGCCCGCACAAGAACAAGCCGCACAGCGAUCUGCGGCUGUUCAAAUGCUUGACCUGCGGCAAGGACUUCAAGCAGAAGAGCACGCUGCUGCAGCACGAUCGGAUACACACGGACGCCCGUCCAUUUCCGUGCUCCGAGUGCGGCAAGCGGUUCCGCCAGCAGUCGCACCUGACGCAACACCUGCGCAUCCACGCGAACGAAAAGCCAUUCACCUGCCCGUACUGCUCGCGCAGCUUCCGGCAGCGCGCCAUACUCAACCAGCACAUACGCAUCCAUUCGGGUGAGAAGCCCUUCGCCUGCCCCGAGUGCGGCAAGCACUUUCGCCAGAAGGCCAUCCUCAAUCAGCAUGUGCGCACCCACCAAGAUGUCUCGCCUCAUCUCAUUUUCAAGAACGGACCGCAUCCGACGCUCUGGCCCUCGGACGUGCCCUUUCCGGGCGAGGAGGCGGACACGAAGGGCGACAUUGCCGUCGCCGGCGGUGGCUACCAUGACGAUGACUCUCAGGGCACACCCGAUGGCAGCGGCGGCAUGCACUAUCCCUCCUACUUUAAGGAUGGCAAGGCAGGUCAAAAGAUACUGCCCGAGGUGCUGCAACAUAUUGGCGUACGGCCCGCGAAUAUGCCGCUCUACGUGCGGUGUCCCAUCUGCGACAAGGAGUUCAAGCAGAAGACGACGCUGCUCCAGCACGGCUGCAUACACAUCGAAUCCAGGCCGUAUCCCUGUCCGGAGUGCGGCAAGCGCUUCCGCCAGCAAUCCCAUCUCACCCAGCAUCUGAGGAUCCAUACGAACGAGAAGCCCUUCGGCUGCAUGUACUGUCCGCGCUUCUUCCGCCAGCGAACCAUUCUGAAUCAGCACUUGCGCAUUCACACCGGGGAGAAGCCCUACAAGUGCGGGCAGUGUGGCAAGGACUUUAGACAGAAGGCGAUUCUGGACCAGCAUACGCGCACCCACCAGGUAGGAGAUCGUCCAUUCUGCUGCCCGAUGCCCAACUGUCGGCGACGCUUUGCCACUGAGAAUGAGGUGACAAAGCACAUUGACAACCACAUGAAUCCCAACAGCACCAAGGUGCGGCGCCAGCAGCAACAGCAGCAGCAGCAGCAACAGGUGCAGCAACAACAGCAACAGCAGCAGCAGCAACAGGUGCAGCAGCAGCAGCAACAACAACAGCAGCAGCAGCAGCAGAACAAUGCGGCCGCAUCGGCCGCUGUGGUCGCCAAUCAUCUGAUGAACGAUGCCAAGAGCCUGGUGGCGCAGCAGUUCCUCAACAACAACAAUCCCGCCACGGUGGACAACAAGGCCAACAUAUUGCCCGUGCGCAGCAUGGCGGCCAAUGCGGCGGCCGCUGCAGCGGUUGCUCAGCAAUCGGUGGUCAAGAAUGAGCUAUACUUUCCGCAGUGCUACGGCCCGCCCUUCCAGCAUCCCUUCCAUGCCCAGCAGCAGCAGCAGCAGCAGCCGAGCGCAGCACAUGCAAAUGGCCCAACCCCGCCCGUAACUGUCACCGUGGCGAAUGCGGUGGCACCGGGCGUUGUGGUGCAACAGAAUGCGGCCACCUCUGUGGUGGCCCAGUGACAUCCCACCACUGGAGCAGCUGGAGCGCAACAACAGCAGCAGCAGCAGCAGCAGCAGCAACAACAGCAGCAACAACAACAACAAUCGGUGGCGGCAACAACAACAACGCUUCAUCCCCCGCCGCCGGCGCCGCCGACAAGUGCGCAUCA